CCUGAUUGGGCAGCAUUGAACCAAUCAGAGCGGCGGACGCAGGCGGGCGGGGCCCGGACCCCGAAUGCGGCCCCUCCGGGCUCGGCAGCCGCACUGCCUGACCCAACCGGUGGGGUCCGAAGGUCGCCGAGGGGCCGGGAGCGGGAGGGGACGUCCUCCUAGAAGGCUGGAGCGGGCGGGAGGCCAAGGUCCGGGCUCCCGCGCACGACAGAGCUGUCUCAGGUCGGCCCCCUCCCCACUACCACCCCGCGCCUCAGCCCCUUCCUGGACCCCUCGGCGGAGUAGGGACUCGAACCAGUGCCCACCCAGUCCGGUACCAUCUGAAGCCCCUUCCCAGACAGAGAAAAUGAGCCACAGAUCAAGCUGACCCCAGUGAGAGUGUAUUUCCCAGCCCAACCGUAUUGCCGUUCCUAUCAAAAAAUGGAUGAUUCGGAGACAGGUUUCAAUCUGAAAGUCGUCCUGGUCAGUUUCAAGCAGUGUCUCAAUGAGAAGGAAGAGGUCCUGCUGGACCCCUACAUUGCCAGCUGGAAGGGCCUGGUCAGGUGCGUCCGCAGGACCUGCUCCCUGAGGGCGCUCACCUGUCGAGUCCCGUAUGUGGUAUCUGCCUCCCGCUGGCUGCCACCAGCUUUGCUGCCUGUUUGCGGAUGUGUGUUUCUGAACAGCCUGGGUGCCAUCUUCUCAUUUAUCUCCAAGGACGUGGUCUCGAAGCUGCAGAUCAUGGAGCGCCUCAGGGGUGGCCCACAGCAUGAGCACUACUACACCCUGCAGGCCAUGGUGGCCCAUGAACUGGGCAGCCAGCUGGUGGACCUGGAGCGGCGCUCCCACCACCCCGAGUCCGGCUGCCGAACCCUGCUGCGCCUGCACCGCGCCCUGCACUGGCUGCAGCUGUUCCUGGAGAGCCUGCGCACCAGCCCCGAGGAUGCGCGCACCUCCGUGCUCUGCACCGACUCCUACAACGCCUCACUGGCCGCCUACCACCCCUGGAUCGUGCGCCGUGCCGUCACCGUGGCCUUCUGUGCCCUGCCCACACGCAAGGUCUUCCUGGAGGCCAUGAACGUGGGGCCCCCGGAGCAGGCCGUGCAGAUGCUGGGUGAGGCCCUCCCCUUCAUCGAGCGUGUCUAUGACGUCUCCCAGAAGCUGUACGCCAAGCACUCCCUGCUGAACCUGCCGUAGUGGCAGGAAUCCAAGGCCAUGCGGGCUUUUCUGCUGCAGAUCUGGGCUGCAGGCCCCACAGCAGAACUUUCUAGGGGAUCUCCAGUUCCUUUCCCAGGAACAGGAGAUCUGCUGUUGUCCCUGUGAGCUGAGCUUGGUAGGAGCCACACUGUGGCAGAGAGGGUGGCACCCAGUCCAAAGAGGCCCACCCUCCCAGUCCAGGACAGGACAUCUCAGCCACAGCUCCCCCUCAGCCUGUUACACACGUGCCCAGCCAGGCCUAGCCCGGUGCAGAAAAUGGAGGGGGCAGGGGCGGGGGCUGGGCCUGCAAAAGCCUGAAAGGUCGCCACCCCCCAGCCUGUCGGGCAGAUCUGCGGACUGGGGUGAAGUCACUGGUCACGAGUGUGGAGACUCCAUCCUUUCUCUGCCAGCCAGUGUGUCCUCCUCUCAGGCCCAGGCCUGGGACACUAUGUCUGCCCAGGUGGUAAACACUUAGUCCAGGGACCUCAGCCCCCUCCAUGCCCAGGCUAGCAGAAAGCCCCCAACAGUGAGCGGUCUGGGCCCUUGGGGGUCUCACCACCUCUCACUUCCUUGUUUGCCCAUCAGCGUGCCAGGCAGACUGGGGGUGGAAUGGCCAGGAGCUGAGAUCGAGGCUCCUCACAGAAGGGCCAGAGAAGGCCCUUCCCUUGGGACAGCCUCCCUGCAGCCCCUGCAGGGCACCAGCUCCCAAGCGACGCAGCAGGCUGCCUCCCGCAGCUGCCCUGGGUCUGCACAGCACACCCAAGGCCCCAGGAGCCAGGACUCUGCUACUCCCAACAAAAAGCUGUGUCUCUUCUCCCCAGGAGACCCAAGGGGCAUGGAGCAUGAGGGCCUGGACCCCAUGGCCUGGCAAGUGGCUACCAGCCAGCCACACCCAGCCCAGCCACCAGCCAGUUCCUGUGGCCUGGCCACUGGCUCUUUACAGUGGACCACAGUGGCUCAGGGUGGCAGAGGGACAGCCUGACUACCUGGCAGGUGCACAGGCUUUUGGAAUGCAACCCAUUUGAUGUCUUCCAACGUUAAUAAAUCACAGCAUCCCAUGGA